GCGCGUUCGACGAAACUCGGUCGCACCCACACGAGUGAAACGUCACGUCUACGUACAACACAUUGACGGCGAUUCUCUCGCGAGGUUCGCGACGACGACGACGACGACGUUUGACGUUUCCCAUUGACGUUUCCUCAUUGACGAGGGCCGAUGCCGAGGGGUGCGCGUAACGGGUAGCACGGGGGUGCGGCGGUACAUGGUGCGUCUUCUCCGUGGUGUUUUUUUCGGACGUGUUCGUCGCGCCCCUUCCGCCCCCUCCUUCCUCUACUCCUGCGCCGUCGACUCGACGACUCCUCCCCGCACUCCAGUGCGUUGCUCCCUAGAAUCAGCAGAUAAUUCGACGCAACACGAUCGAGAAGCGAAUCGAGGAUGACGGAUGUAACGUAGACGACAUUCCGAGACCGCGUUGCGUCAACGGUGCGUGAUCGCGCGAACCCGACGACCGGGAGUCCGAGUCCCUUUGCAGGGGACGACGACGACAUCAUUCUAUCGAUCUCCGAUCGCGGGCGAUGCAUCCUCGCGUUGUUCAUGAUAAACCAUCGACCUCAACACGUCGGUAGAGAUCAGACGCGAGAAGAGAGAGAUGGAGAUCCUCGGCGACUACGAGUAUAAUCCCAAGGACCUGAUCGGCACCGGCGCCUUCGCCGUAGUAUUCAGGGGUAGACAUCGCAAAAAACCAAACUUGGUGGUGGCUAUCAAGAGUAUCACAAAGAAAACUUUGGCUAAAUCACAGGACUUAUUGAAGAAGGAAAUUAAAAUAUUAAAGGCAUUAACUAAACUACACCACGAAAAUGUUGUUGCAUUGUAUGAUUGUAAGGAAUCUAAUCAUAAUGUCUUCCUGGUUAUGGAAUAUUGUAACGGUGGAGAUUUGGGGGAUUACUUAAAUGCGAAAGGUACUCUCUCCGAAGAUACCAUUAGAUUGUUUCUCAAGCAAUUGGUGCGUGCGAUGAAGGUGUUGCAUGCCAAAGGGAUAGUCCACAGGGAUCUCAAGCCACAAAAUAUUCUGUUGAAUCAUAACUGUGGGAAAGCUUGUCCACAACCACACGAAAUAACAUUAAAAAUAGCGGAUUUCGGUUUCGCUAGGUUCUUGCAAGAAGGUGUAAUGGCUGCGACCUUAUGCGGAUCGCCGAUGUACAUGGCACCUGAGGUUAUCAUGUCUCUCCAGUAUGAUGCUAAGGCGGAUCUGUGGUCCAUCGGAACCAUAUUGUAUCAAUGUCUCACCGGGAAAGCACCGCACCCCGCAAAUAAUCCUCACGCACUCAAGUCAAUCUAUGAGAAUACGGUCAAUCUUGUUCCUAGUAUACCACCUGGAACGUCGCUCGAACUGACGAAUCUCUUGAUGGGCUUGUUGAGGCGUGAAGCGAGCGAUCGCAUGGAUUUCGAUCAUUUCUUCGGUCAUGCGUUUUUGACGGGUGCGCGAGACAGUCCUAGUCCGAGUCCAGUGCCCACCGAACUACCUGCGUCUCCGGGUACAAUGGCGAUUCCGAUCGAGGAAGGAACGCCAAUUGUCAAUAGGUCAGAACCCGAGGCAACGGAAACUCCGUGUUCUAGUCCCGAGGACGAUUUUGUUCUUGUACCGAGUGAUAUCAGCAGUGAUACCGAUAAUAAUCCACCAGUGAAAUAUACCAAACAAGUGAGCAGAGAAGCUAUCAGCCCACCUCGACCCUGCUUAUCGAAAUUGGGCGAAUAUACUAGACAAACGAGCAGAGAAGCCAUCAGCCCACCCCGGCCAUGCUAUCUGCCAAUCUCUGAACCGAUUCCCGUUCCAUGUCAGCGAAAUACAGCAGCUCAGCAACCUCCACAGUCCCCUUCGACGAAUGCCGCCCAUACCGGCGGCGGCAGUAGCGUUCCUCGUUCUCAACCCAUCAGCAUGAAACGCAGUGUAGACUCCCACAGGAAUCAUCCGCCAGACAUCGGUUCCCUCAGUCCGCCUAGCGUGCAGUUCGUCAUUGGUACUCCACCUGGCAGAAGAUUGAGCGAAACUCCGCCACCACCCAACACGUGGCAAGUGAGUCCUGUAGCUAGACAUACGCAUACGCCAAGCGGGACCUCGCCCUUGCGACGUUCCACGGGAAACAACAGCGCGUCCUCGCCGCUGCUCACGGGUCCGUUGGCUGUGUUCGGUUCACCUACCUCGCGAGCUUUUCAAGAUAACAACAACACUCUCAGGCAUUCGCCUGUUAUACCCUUUGGCACCAGAGCUGUCACUCUUCCCGAGAUAUCUGAAGCCGGCAGUUUUCAAAGCCUCUUUCCGGAUAUGCCGCCAACGACGAUCGAUGAUCGUCCGUUGACCUUUAUCGCACCGGAGCUGCCGGAGGAGACACUGAUGGAACGUGAGCACAACGAAGUCCUGGCGAAGCUGAACUUUGUCGUCGCAUUGUGCGAGUGCGUGUGUGAAGUUGCGAGAUCCAGAGCCGGACCGCUUGGUAACAUCGAGCAGCCAACGCCGCUCAGUGGUAUCGAGCAGAUCGGUAAUGCGGCCACCAGGAAACGUGCCGAGCAGGUGAUUCUACUGGUCCGGGCUCUUCAGUGGCUUAGUUCGGGUCUGAAUCUGGCUACUCAGGAGCUCAAGGCUGGAAGACUGCAACCAACAGCCACCGUGAAAGAAGUUGUCAGCACCAUGAACGAGAAAUUCAAGUCUUGUUUAACGGAAUGUAAGCAACUCAAUAGCGCAGGACUUCUUCGUCAAACAGGAGCCACAGCAGACAAGAUAUUGUACAAUCAUGCGAUUCAUAUGUGUCAAUCUGCGGCAUUGGACGAGCUAUUUGGUAAAGGCGGCGAAUGUUUCCAGCGCUAUCAUACGGCACAGAUAUUAUUGCACUCUUUGGCGCAGCAUGUUAGCCAUAGUCAAGACCGAGCUCUACUCAUCAAAUACAAAGAAGCCGUGGAAAAGCGGUUAUAUGUGCUACAGCAGCAGGGAUACAUCUACGCGACUGAGCUUACGUAGCGCUUAUGAAACACGACAGCCGAAUUUGGCGGCAACAGCCGUCUGAAAGAUGUCCCGCCCGUGCAACAGCCGCCCGUACCAUCAUAUUCGAUAUCUCUCUUAUGUAAUAUAUUCUGCCCUAUUCUGUAUAAAAGACGAAAUUGAAGCUGAGAAACUAUAAAUUUUAUAGCUCCAAACGAAGACGGGACUAAAUUCUCGCGGCUGAUUUUAUUUUACUGAGGCUAAUUAACCAAAAAAAAAAAAGAAAACAAGCUCCAUGUAGUUCCAUAUGCGGAAUAGGGUAGACGAUAAUGAAGGAAAUGAAAGUCUCCCUAAGUCACCAUGUUCCCUAAUUCAUUCACCCGCCUCCGCCCCUGCCUCCCUUAAGAUUUCUUUGUAUGGUUUAUUAAAAUUAAGUACAACUAAGGUAUUAUAAUUGUACACUAUAUAAUUGCACGUACACGUCGAUCGAUUAAGUAAUCUUUAUUUCGUAUAUCGAUUAAUAAACAUGUGUAUACUAACGGCGGUUGUGCGUUUAAUGCAAAGGCACGUUUCGUCGACUGCGGUGGUUAACAAACAAUAAUGACAAUUGUACAAAAGUAAAGUAGCGAAUAAUGGGCAUACUC